CAACAACGUUUCUCGAGAUUGCCAGAUCUACGAAGGUUGUCGAACCAGGAUGGAACAGGCGCAAGAAACUCUUUGGCUGGACCAACAAGUCCCUGGGGAGCUCCCAGUACGACGAAAAGAAGUUCGAGUGCACCAACAGCAUCUACGAGAGCAGGUGGCCUACAUAUAGGAAUUUCGAGGUGUGUUCCAACUUCUACAAAGAGACUUCGAAAGUAGAGAUGGAUAUGGGCGAGCGAGGUGGGCAAACAGUAUGGGAUGUCUUCGUGGAGAGAGCGCAGGCCGAAGUUGAUUUCACCCACCCUGCUGCGAAGAAGUAUGCCCUGAUCUUCCAGAACCUGCACAACAUAUGGCAGGCUUUCAAGGGCAGCCCGAGCGGCGCCAUGCUCGACAUCAUCAUGAUUACUCUGCCGAAGCUGGGUGCGCCCAUGGGGACAUGCUCGCUUGCCCCAAAUGGCCUUGGGCCAUUGCCACUGCCGAAGGUGACCGAGGAGCAGCUCGACUCCCUGACGGUGGCCAUGGACGACAGCCCAGCGCAGCACCUGCGGAAGAAGUUUCGAGAGGAGCAGCUCAGGGAGAUGAAGCUGGACGAGCAGAAGGCGAAGCUGGCCGAUGCGAAGGCGAAGGCGAAGGGCAAGGAGGGCCAGAGCAAGAAGAAGGUUCCCAAGAAAGGCGAGCUCCAUAUCCCUGUCGAGUCCGAGGCUGGUGGCACUGGCGCUUUCGUCGAGCACCUCAACGACCUGUUCAAGUACCUGGUGCAGAUCGACCCCAACCAGAAGGAUAAGUACACUGGCUUCAUGGUUCUGGGGCUCUUCGCCCAACUCACAGGUGGGGUUGCCGUCAAGUCAGGUGGUGGCCUCAAGUACAUCAAGAAGUGGUCGGCCAUGAGGAGGCCGAUGAAGGCAGAUGCCUACAAAGCAGCUGCCCUGGAGAUGGUGAAAUAUUUCGCGAAGAACAACCCUGCCAUGCCCAUCGUCGCCCACCCAUCGGCAGCGACAGCGCUCAACCAGGCGAUGCUGGCCACCCUCGCCCACGCGCAGUCCGGCGCCACAGCGCCGACGAGGAAAGAUGCAGCCAUGUGCCUGGCCAGCGCUGCUGCCGGGGGGGUGGCGGAGAUCAUCCCCGCAGCCUGGGGCACAGUGCUCGAGGCCAUCUCGAUCAUCAGGUCCGCCAGCUCCGACGGCAAUGGCAUCGACAUCUCGAGCAUCGACCAGAACAUGGCCAGCUUGAUCGAGCAUGGCAUCUCCAGCGUCGAGAAGUUGAAGAGCGGCAUGCCGAAAGCUCUCUUCGACAUCUUUGCGAGGUCUACUGUGGAGUUCCAUGAGUUUGCUUCGGCAUGGGUGGAGGCUGGCAUGGGCGUCGCCUGCGUCUGCGUCAAGGUCGAUGUCGCCGAGUACCUCGAGACGAAGAGGCGGGUGAUUGAUGUGAUUUCCUCAAUGCCUGCGAAGGCCUUGGCAGACCACAUCGAGAGGGCAGCAGGGCUCGGGCCUGCGCCGGCGGGGAUGCUUGCGCGUUGUUCAGCGCCUGCAAGCUGCGACCUUCAUCGGGGGACGAACGUUGUCAAGCUCACCCGCGAGAUCAUGGAGAGCGUUACGCCGAAGGUGGACGUGUUCCCUGCUGAGCGCCAGAAGCCGCUCAACCUCGUGUCCAACCAAUUCGAGACCAAGCACGCUGCCGAGGAGUUGGCCGUGAAGUUGGAUCAGAGGGGCAUCGCCUUGAUCGAAGUGAAGCUCGCAGAGGAGUGGCCGCACAUGUCAUGCGUGGAAUCGCUCGUGGCGGCUGCUGAGGAAGCUCGACAGGAGGCUGGCGAGGUCCCCUGCGCACCCGACGCAGAGAUCGAGGUUCCCGACGAGAUGACAAUUGCGCAGUGGGAGGAGCACGUGGCGAAAAUGGAGGCUGAGGACACCGCCGAAGAGAAAGGCGUGAAGCUGACGACCCAGAAGAAAAUCAUUGCAGCCGCAAGCCUGUACUUCGCGAAUCGGGCCCGCGACGCAGUGACGUACGGAGUCGAUGCUGGGUUGAAGAAGUCCCUGUCUAUCGACAUCAAGGGCAUCCUGAAGGGCUCGGGAGAGAAGACCAUCGACAAGGAUACGCGGGUGGCCAAGGCGUCGCUCUUUCGCGCGGAGCCUGUCACGACAGCUGCGACGAACCCUGAGAUGGGCAUGCCAUACUGGGGCAAUGUAGUGUCAGAGCAGGUGGCGCUUUUGCUGCCGAAGGCGACGACCCUCCCCCAUCGGGGACAGCAGUGGCAAGGGCCCUGCACUUUUUUAGACGGGUCGUCUUGUCUGAAUGUGUUUCGCCCUGGUGCUUGCCUGGCUUGGCAGUGUCGCCGAGUUAAGCAGCAGCAGCCCAAGACUUCGGAGCAGACCGAGGUCGCAGAGCCAGGGGCUGAAGGCGCCAGCGAGCCUGCCAAGAAGAGGCAGAGGAAACAGAGCACACCCAAGGACCAGCAGCAGCAGCCAGUCAGCAAGGGACAGGCUGUUGCCACGCACAAGAUCGAGUGGGUGGAUUUCUCUUUCAAGAUUUCCACUCGCGGCGAGGGCGAUGUGGAGUUUACGUGCGUGAGGCCAGUGCUAGUGGAUUCGCCCGACCCAGCAGUGAUGGCUGUCAUUGGCGAGGCGUUCCGAGCACCGAUCGAGUUCGACGAUUCCGAUCCGCAGAAGAAGAAGC